AUGGUCCGAGACACCAUGGUUGCCGCAGUGAAGCCGGUCCCAUGCACAGUGUACGAAUACUACGAACCAAGUAACCAGAUGACAGUGUUUUACGUUCCUCUGAAAGCGAAGAACUCAAACAUUUGUGACGUGUGCGGACUAGAAUGUGGCUGUGUGGGGGGAAACGACCGGAUGUGGAUGCCCAUGUUUCCGGAAAACUUAAAAACGGGAAGCUACAGCGGGAGCCUUACUGUGACUAAGGAUGGAAUAAGGGUUGGAAGCACUUAUUUCCAUGUGCUUGUAGAAGGCGAUUCCGAAGACAGGCAAUACCCUCUAGUACAGACGGACAAAGGCAUCUACAAGGCUGGACAAACAGUUCAUUUCCGAAUUCUGGUCAUAAACGAACAACGGAGAGUGGUACAGGACACAUUCACCAUAGACAUAUUCGACGCGGAUUCCAAUCGCGUGCGUCGCUGGGCCAACGUCACGGAUAGUAGCGGCGUUUACGUCGGUAAAAUGGAAAUGUCCAAUUAUCCUGUUCUUGGGGAAUGGACUAUUCUAGUUUCAAAUGAGAAAUAUAGCCAAACCACAAAGUUUGAUGUUGAAGAAUUUGAGCUUCCGAAAUUUGAUGUGGAGUUAGAUUUCCCAAAACAAGUUGCCACGGCGUCGGAUGACUCCUUAAAAGGAAAGGUUUCGGCUCUGUAUACGUUUGGAACUGGAGUGUCUGGUGACCUGGAGUUAACAUUAAAGUACUCAAUCUACAGUGUAGUAAAACAUUUCAAGGUUAAAGAUGGCUCUGUUGAUAUAUACUUGCCAUUUAGAGAACUAGCAUCAGACUUCCAAAAGUCAUAUGUUGCUCGGCGGAUAUUUAAUGCCUCUAAUGGAUAUUACAACAGCGUGCUACGUUUAGAAAUCCAUGCCAAUGUUGUGGAAGAUGUAACGGGAGUGAAUAUGUCCGCAGAAUCCUACCUUAACGUCAAAGUAUACGACGUUGCCUUCCAACCUACGUUCAAGAAGAAAUUUCACGUUGGACAAGACAUAGACAUUUCGGGGGACGUUACUUCAUAUAUGGGUGACCCCUACCCAGGAGUGGCAUCGGCGGAUAUAGAUCUAUGGGUUGAAGUGAAGCUUUACCUAAUAAAUCGUAGUUGGGUCGUCAUUCGCAAAUUUGCAAGGAUUGAUAUUGACAAAGACAACAAAAUCAGCUACACUGUUGAAGGGGAAGAUUUACAAUUAAAUGUGUCAUAUAUCUACAUGAAGGUUGUUUCAAACGGAUGGUAUAUUGAUGAAGGAGAAUGGUUUGACCUUUCUGAAGGUCAAGCGAAGGAAUUCACUGUCAAAGCAACAAAGGAGAUGAGACCAAACUUUGUGGUCAUGGCGUGGUCCUUGAGAGCAGUACAAACACGUAUAUCCUUCGAUAAAAAGGAGGUGCGGCCAGGUGAUGAUGCCAAUAUUCAUCUUCAAGGCAACGCGGGUUCUAACUUCUACCUGUUAACAGUGGACAAAAGCAUUCUGAUUCUCGAUCCAGGCAAUGAUAUCACGGAGGAAAUCCUGCUUUUAGCAGACAAUAUGAAAAAGGCCACUACACUUGAUGAUUCGUCGUUUUACAACAUACUUCGUUCUGUGUGGCUCAAUUACCACGGAAUUUCAUUAAGAGAAGGAACAGUGACCACACCAUAUAGUUUUUCAUCAUCAGUUUAUGAAAGUAGUACGGUUCAUGCCUCAACAACUUCUCCAGUAUUACCAACAUCGACGACCACUCGACAACCGGAAAAUAAAGAAAAGCAAGUGACCCUUCGCAAGAAAUUCCCCGACACGUGGCUAUUCAACAAUGUUUCGUCAGGCGAGACGGGUAUUGCUGAGUUUACUGCAACAGCUCCUGAUACAAUCACCACUUGGGUGGCUACGUGCUUUGCUAUUGAUGGAAAAUCACGUUUGUCUGUAGCAGUUACCCGAGCAGAGUUGCGGGUGUUCCUGCCCUUCUUUGUAAGUGUUCAGCUACCCUUUUCCGUUAUCCGCAAUGAGCAAGUUGUAAUACAAGCAAACGUGUUCAACUAUCACAAGGAAGAUCUCUAUAUUCUCGUCACAUUGAAGCAAAGUGACUCGUUCAGGGGACUUGCUGUUUCCAAACGUGGAAAAAGUUUGAAACUGAAAGAAAAAUGUGGAAACAAUGUCAUGUGUAUUUUGGCGAAAUCAGGAAGGGCAACCCCUGCAUUUUUCCCGAUAGUUCCUUUAGAAAUCGGAGACAUCAAAUUGAAAAUUACGGUCGACUCCAAAGUAGCUAAAGACACCGUGGUAAAGAAACUGCGAGUGGAACCGGAAGGAAUGGAACAAAGUGUGGCAUAUCCAGUCCUUAUUGACCUGACCCAGACAAACACAUUCGACUACAGUUUUCAUCUUGCAUAUCCCCCAAAUGUAGUUGAAGGAUCCGAGCGCAUGCAACUCACUUUGAAUGGUGAUAUAAUGGGGCCUACAAUCGACAACCUAGACAGGCUUGUAACACAGCCUUACGGCUGCGGAGAGCAGAAUAUGAUAUCCACAGCCCCGUCUGUGUUCGUAAUAGAAUACCUAACUGCUGUCGGCCGCUCAGACGCUGAUCUUGAAAAACUGACAGAAAGCUAUAUUAGAAUAGGAAUACAGCGUGAGAUGAAUUACAAACACCCGGACUGGUCGUUUAGUGCUUGGGGCGGGUCCGGAUCAGGAAGUUCAUGGUUAACUUCAUUUGUUCUGAAGGUUUUCUCAAUGGCGACCUUUUACGUCGACGUCGAAGACCGCAUAAUAACCUUACCGAGCGCGUAUCUACUUUCAAUUCAAAACGAUGACGGAAGUUUUCCAGAACGUGGAAACGUAAUCCAUCGAGAAAUGCAGGGAGGAUCACAUGGAUCAGUAGAAAGAAUGACUGCGUACGUUUUGAUAGCUUUGAUGGAAGCUAGAGAAGCCGGAGAAGUCACAAUCCAGUUUGAUACAGAUCAGAAAAGGAAACUAGUAACAGGAAUAGCAAAUGGACUAAGGUAUCUUGAAGGAAAACUAGAAACAAUAAAAUCUGACUUCACGCUCGCCAUUACCACAUAUGCACUUGGACUUGGAAAAUCUGGAAAGGCCUCCGUUGCUUUACAGAUGUUGAAGAGCAGAGCAAAGUCCUUAGGCGGUAAUGAUAUGCUCUACUGGGAGGAGACGGCGCCUGUCCCCUCAAAAUACCACUUUGGGCCUUCUACAACGGCAGUGUCAAUUGAAAUGACAGCGUACGCUCUUCUUGCACUUUCAAAGGCCGAUGACAAAGUGGACGGAGCACGUAUCAACAAAUGGCUUAUUGGUCAACGUAGUCCUUACGGUGGAUUCAUUUCUUCCCAGGACACGGUGAUUGGACUCGAGGCACUCGCUGCAUUUGGGGCACUCAUGAAGUCACCGCCUGCUGACAUGACUAUCUGGGUCUCGAAGGCCGAGCGUAAAAAUAAACUAAAAUUCCGAAUAACGCCGGAAAAUGAAAUGGUGCUGCAAACAGCUGCUCUUUCGGCAGAUACCAGCGAACUCAAGGUGCAAGCAAUUGGGCAUUCGAAAGCCAUAAUAACGGUAUCGCUGUUCUACAAUAUAUUCAUGGACCUUGAAGAUCAAGAUCUUCGUCUGGAGGUUGAUGUUGUAAAAGAGUCGGUAAACGGUUUUACGGUUCGUUCUUGUAUAAGUUGGUUGGAAGACGACAUUAGCGGCAUGGUCGUUGCUGAGAUAGGAAUUCCUUCAGGAUUUAAAGCAUACAGAUACGGAAUAGCUGGACAUGAGCUGCUUAUGCGAUCAGAAAUUGAAGAGAAAAAAGUUGUUUUGUAUUUUGAUGAGAUUACCCAGGCGAAGGUAUGUGUGGACAUUAACAUGGUCCGAGACACUAUGGUGGCCUCAGUGAAGAAGGUCCCAUGCAAAGUGUAUGAAUACUACGAACCAAGUAACGAGAUGACAGUUUUUUAUGCUCCUCUGUCAGCUAAGAACUCAAAUAUCUGUGACGUGUGCGGGAUACAAUGUGGUUGCGUGGGAGGAAACGACAACACGAUGAUGCCAAUUAAUACUGUAAUGCACCAGUCAAUUGUAAACAAGCCCCCCUCCCAGGUCUGGGAAAUAGCGGGGACAUUGACUUUCGGUCCAGUCAACCCCGGGUACAUCCCCGCCUUGUGGGACGAACUGACAAUCCCCGGCAAAUGCCCCGCAUCCCAGGAGCUCUAG